AUGCAGGUGGGCCGACCCUUUGACGACGACUUGCGCCGAUUCCGCGGCGACGCGCGCGUGGCCGUCGCCCCCGUCGGCGCUGCAUUCCAUCGCCCCGCCCCCAAGACCUUCGCCGCUAUGGUGCCGGUCGAAGAGAUCCGGCUGGAUGUGGGCCCCAAGACCCUGUGCCAGGGACGCCGACGCAGCGAUAUCCAGCGGCAAGGCAGUCUGGAAGACAUCCGACCUGCGUCGCCCAUGGCCGGCAAGCCCAAGGACCUGAGCUUCCUCGGGCGCGUGCAUUCGUCGUGGACAGAGGUGGAGAGCGAGCCUGGCACGGCGGAGCUGUCGGUCGCUAGCGGCGAUCACCUGCUCUCGUUCCGUGACGAGGCCGCCGGCUCCUUCCGCAGCAUGGAAGUGCUGACCUGCUUCCGAUCAGAAGUGCGGCGGGGACUGCGUCUACUGUUGAAGGCAGCGACCGCGGAGCAGUGGCACAUGUGCUGGGCCGUGCUGUUGUCGAUGUUCCUGCUGCCGAUGAUCCUCGCGCUCAUGGUGGUGGCCGGCGUGGGCUUUGUCGUGUUAUCCACGUGGGUGGCCAUCGCCGCCGCCGUGGUGUAUCCGCUCGCGUACAUCAACCCGAGAUUGUACAGCUACACCACGGACUCGUAG